AUGGCGGCAUGGCUUGACCUCGUCAAUGAAGAAGGUGCCUGGUCCUUGGUGGAUACCAGCCGCCUUGAAGAACUGGUGCAGGGGAUGCCUUAUCCCAAAUCCCAGUAUCCAUGCCUGAUUUACUUCGCUGGGAAUUCAAACCGAAUGAAAGCCCUGCAAGCACUUUUCCCUCAAAACAAUGUCACGCGCAAAGGGCCCGCGGGACUCGUUCGUCUCCACCUCAGCUCUAAAACCGCCCAUACCGAAAAUCCCAUCAUAUUCGCCGAGAGUAAUCUCUGUCCCGAACAAAGUCUGGGUGAUUCAAAAUGGCUCAAGGACUCAACGAAGAAGCACCGGAGAUACACUAUUCGAGAUGCAGAGAGAUCAUCCUCUCCGGCAACACUUCAACAAGAAGUGAAAAGGCAACUGAUUCUUCCGUGGACCCAUAUUCUGUGCCUAUUUCUGGAUUCAAUGUCCGACAUCAAAGCUGCACAAAAUCUGCUCCAACAGCCCAAUCGGCAGCUGACAAUCGGCAGUCAAGCUAUUCCCGCUUCCAUGCGUGUAGUCAUGAUCUUGACUAAAUACCCACGUGGAGAUGAAGCUAUCGUGGAACACUGUCCCGAGUUUCAUACUAUUGCCAACAACGAGAGAUUCACCUUUCUCGAUCUGCGUCCAAGGUGCAAUCUCUCUGACACGGUCACUUUUGACCCGCUGCGAGCCCUACUUGUUGAACUACUUCAUAAAAUCCAUGCCGAGCAAGAGUCAACUUGUCGCCUAUUCUCAGCUUCUCAUCUCAAUGCGUUCUGGAAAUGCAAUGUCCAGGUCCACGGACAGCGCUUAAGUGCCUCGCGGUUUGAUCUUUUGGCUCAAGCCAGAACGAGUUAUCCCAAGAAUGAAUCAAUGGGCGACUGUCUUCUUCAGUUCUUACAGAACGUGGCAUCCUCUGGCUACUCAGAAGAGGACAUGGAGGGCUUUGUAGCCUCGGCCUUCUUGAUGGACGCUUACCCGCCUGAAAUGCAUGGAUUCCCACCGGCCAUGGUAUAUGCUGCAAUUUAUGAAAAGUACUGUCUCGAGAUCUGGCAUAGUGAUUGCCCCAAAGAGCACUCCGAGAGGAUUUCAUCUCGAUUUGAGCAGCAAUUCGCACAGUUAAGCUCUCGGAGAACAUCAUCUGCUAUUCGAAGAGACAUAUUGAUUCGAUUUUAUCGUCGAUGGGGCGGCCUUCGCUCCACCACUACUUGCUUUGUUUGUCUAUGCCACCCACCAGAGCACAUGAUGCCAUGCAAGCACGCCCUCUGUGAUACAUGUGUCAUGAUCUUCGGAACGCUGAGUGCCACCGGGAAGUAUCAUGUCGACCUCACCCAAUGUCCUAUUUGCGAGGAGAGGUUCAACAUCACUAUUCGUCAAUUACCCCCAACCAAGCACCCGGUCAUUCUCAGUCUAGAUGGCGGAGGAGUCCGCGGUCUAGUCCAGUUGGGGCUUCUGCAAGCGCUGGAGAAGCGCUUUGGUAUGUCUAUGGCAGACCUUCCCGACUUGUGCACGGGCACCAGCGUAGGCGCAUUGUCGGCGAUUGAUAUCUUCCUCAACAACUCUUCUGUAGAGCAAUCUUUCAACGCAUUCCCGCCUCUUGCACGGAAAAUCUUUCGUUGUUCUUCAAAGACUCCCGUUUUUCGCUGGAUUCAGUGGUUUGCCUCGGCGUUCAACUUGGCCAAACACGGUCUAUACGAUUCUCAGAGCUUAGCACAGACGUUCAAAGAGGUAGUGAGUCCUUGCCGUCGCAUAUUCGAUGCGGCCACCGCCAACCCGACAGGCUGCCGUGUUGCCAUUGUGGCAAGUCGUACCUCGGAUGGGAAGGCGUGCGUGUUGGCAAAUUACCGGGGCACGGGCCCACGCACCGGGAACGCUGCCUAUGAAUUUCUGGCCCCUCACAACGAUCAAGAAAAUCCAUUCUUGUGUGAUGCAGCGAUAUGCAGUGUCGCAGCGCCGUUCUACUUCCAAACAAAAAGCUUGCCAGGCUUUGGGCCCCUGCAGGACGGUGGGGUCCGUGUAAACAAUCCGCUUGCCAUUGCUUUGAGAGAGGCUGGCAUUAUCUGGCCCAAGGCGAAGAGACAUGAUCUCCUCCUGUCUGUCGGCACAGGGUUCUCCGCGCUUGCUCCCAGUCAUUCGGUGGGGUUGCUGGACAAAAUUCGAGAGGGUGCUCUCCCCCGUCUGAUUCGGGCCGUACUGUCCUCCCCUUCCAUGGAUGGUGAACAAGGGUUUUUUGAAGCUCUUAACUAUCUACCACAUCGCUCGAAAACGGAUGUAUUCCGACUCGACCAAGCAAUUAACGGCCCACUCCCUGCAUUAGACGAUAUUAGUUCGCUGGAAGAAUUGUCAAGAAUGAAUUUUGUGGUGCCGGAUGAUCUUGUGAGGACCAUUCUCGCGUCAGCAAUGUUCUUCUUCGAACUAGAUGAAACGCCCGUCCAGGGCCAUGCUGCAUUCCAUUGCCGUGGAUCAAUCCUUUGUGCACGGCCAAAGGCCGCAGAGAUCCUACAGCGUGUCCUCCUGGAGUUUCCCGGUGCGAGAUUCCAGACCGGCCAGGGCCAUUAUUUGGGGAGUGUGGACCUAGAUGACUACUGCCAGUCCUGUGGUUACUUCCGAAAAUCCAUCAAUUUCUGGGUUACGAGCCUUGAAGAGAUACUGACUAUUGGGAUCGCCAAUAAUUUCUUUUUUGAAAAGAUAGGUGGCUUCCCGAAGUCUGCGCAGGAGUUUCUAGACGAGCAACAGGUCGACGCUCAUUUCGGCCGUGCAGAUCAUCAAAUUCCAGCAUGGCCCCAGAACAGAUCUUGCUUCUGCUCUCGUGGAAUGAAAAGGCAGGUUCAUUUUGUAGAGCCUGCUGUGGGGCAGAAAAGACAGCGGUUGUGA